GCCGUAAAGCGCGGACGAUGUCGGGGUCGCCGGCGCGUGAGGAGGUGCCGCGCUUUGAGAAGCGGCUGUUGGUGACGGGCGGCGCCGGCUUCAUGUGAGCGGUGGUCGUGGUGCCGUCUCUCCCCGCUGCUUAGCGAUGGGACUCUGAGGCGCAAAGCUCUGCCGCGGGGAGCUGUGGGACGUGGCGGUGGGCGGGCCGGCGUGCUGGUUGUUCACGGACGUGUCCUGGGGUGGGGCUGCGACGGGUCAGGUUUCUGUGUGCCGCCAGUCUUAAAAGGCUGAGCACAGGUAGAAGUCCCACCUAUGGCGAGCUUAUGGUCUCAUGUGGUGCUUCACAUGUAGUUGUGUCUCUGGUCAGAAACUAUCCCAACUAUCUGAUUAUAAAUCUAGAUAAGCUCGACUACUGUGCAAGCUUGAAGAAUCUUGAAACUGUCUCUGAGAAGGAAAACUACAAGUUUAUCCAGGGGGACAUCUGUGAACCUCAUUUUAUCAAACAACUUUUUGAAACUGAGAAAAUUGACAUAGUUCUUCACUUUGCAGCCCAAACGCAUGUAGAUCUUUCAUUUUGGCAUGCCCUGGAAUUCACUUAUGUGAAUGUUUAUGGCACUAAUGUACUGGUUGCUGCUGCCCAUGAAGCCAAUGUGGAGAAGUUUGUCUAUGUCAGUACAGAUGAAGUAUAUGGAGGCAGCACUGAUCAGGAAUUUGAUGAAUCCUCACCAAAAUGUCCAACAAAUCCCUACGCCUCCUCUAAAGCUGCUGCGGAGUGUUUUGUUCAGUCUUACUGGGAAAGGUAUCAAUUUCCAGUUGUUAUCACCCGGAGUAGUAAUGUUUAUGGACCACACCAGUAUCCAGAAAAAGUUAUACCAAAGUUCAUAUCUUUGUUGCAACAGAACAGAAAAUGCUGUAUUCAUGGCUCUGGACUUCAGAGAAGGAAUUUUCUGUAUGCAACUGAUGUAGUGGAAGCAUUCCUUACCGUCCUGAAGGAGGGGAAGCCAGGUGAAAUUUAUAACAUUGGAACUAAUUUUGAGAUGUCCAUCAUCCAGCUUGCGAAGGAGUUAAUCCACUUAAUAAAGAAGACCAGUUCAGAAUCUGAAAUGGAGCACUGGAUGGACUAUGUCAAAGACAGACCUACCAAUGACCUGAGAUACCCAAUGAGUUCAGAAAAAAUGCACAAUUUAGGAUGGAGACCUAAAGUGCCUUGGAAAGAAGGAAUAAAGAAAACAAUUGAAUGGUACAAGGAAAACUUUCACAACUGGAAGAAUGCCGAGAAAGCUUUGGAGCCCUUUCCUGUGACAGAGCCAUUUGCACAACUUAACGUUCCAUGAGGUGGCAGGCAGCCUGAAGGAGUCCAUUCUACCUCAUACAGCCUUUUCUUCAAAGCCUGCAGUCAAGUGACCACACUGAACUCUUACUGUAUUCAGGAUAAUGUGAGCCAUGAUGAAUACAGAGCUGUAAUAGAGCGUAACUUUGGAAGGGUUCAGCACUUCAUAAGUUUUAAUGCAUUGAUUUCAGCUUUUGGUGCAAUAUUAUAUCUUCACUAGGUACAGAUAAACUUUUUUGAGUAUUCUACAGAGUGAAGAAUUUUAUAAUGUUAAAUUAGUGUCAUAGAUGUCAAAUCUUCCUUAUUCCUUUUGGAAUGAGAAGAUGAUUACGAUAUUUGGGAUUCCAGUGGAUGAAUAUAUUCAUUCAUGAAUAUAUUUAGCUCUGAAGUUUUUCAUCUGCAUUAGUUUCUUUUUACAGUGUAAUGUGUGUUUUGUCACCUUGGGCAGUUGUCUUCUAUUUCAAAUCAAAGAGAAAAGAUAACUGCUUUCUAGAGAAUAUAAAUCAGUUGAUAAAAUCAAGUAUGGUACCCAUAUGGUUCAUGGUUCUUUACUGUUUCAGUAUUAUCUUGAGUAGAUGAUGAAUUAAACUGUUACCUUCCUAAUGCUCAAUUUCUAAAGGAGCGGAGGUAGAGAAGGUGCCAAGGAAAUAGCUGUUCUUACUGAGAUUUCUACAAGCCUUUCUUAAACUUUGCUUGGAUGUCUUACAUGUCACCUGUUUACUGUAUUAUGGCCUUUUACUUCAAUUGUAACAAACAUGAAGUACUGUAACGCAGUUAACAUUCCAGUAACAUAACUUUCUGUGAUACCAACGCAAUGUCUUGAGGAAAAGUUUCAAGUGCUUCAUUUCAGUUGUGGGUUGGCACACCUUUUUCAACACUUUUUCACUUGUUUUUGUGUCAAAUUUUAAAGAUGUAACAAUAGGAGUUUUAAUGUAAAAUUUUAGAAGAAACUUCAGUUCUGGAUAUCUGUCAAUAAAUCUUUGUCAAAUGUGAGUUAUUGCUAUAAGUUACAGUGUAACUGAUUUCACUUAAUUGGGUGAAUAAACUGAGCUGGUGCAUAGCAGCUGGAAAAGUA